UUAUUGAAUAUUCUAUUUAUUUCAUGUAUUCAAACAUUUUUUUUUUUUUUUGUCAGUUGAAAUACAUUUUGCAAAGUAAAGUAACAAAAAAUAUAUAUUUUUUGGCCCGUGAAUUUAGGAUAGGCCCAUAGUUCUAGACACGAUCCAUCCCAACAUCGAAUAACGGAGCGAUGAGUUCAUUCGCUUUAUUUCUGCAUUGCUGUUCGUUUUCUUUCUUACAAUCGAUCAUAUAUUAUCAACUUUAAAAUGAUUAACAACUUUAAACUAAAAUCAAUAUGAUUUUUUUUCAAUUCUAAUUUAACAUAACAUUGAAUAAGUUUUAUGCAAUGAUAUUGCCAUCAUUCAAUUACCAAUUUUAAAUUUAAAAUUAAAACUCUUAAAUUUUAAACUCUUAAAUGAGACAAUGAGCAGCAAAAAGUAACAUUUCUUUUUAUUGCUUGGCAAACGCCAAUAUGUGGAAAAAAAAAUAAAAAGAAAACCACACACAAAAAACCGGUAUGAAACAAAUCGAGCCGAGUAACCCUACAACGGGUAAAGAUUGUUGAUUUCGCUAAAUGAACACGCCGAUUCAUGCAUUCAUUUGGUCUCAAUCCGUUGAUGCGUAAGGAGGUGUUUGCGCGAGCUCUCGCUCUGCAGAGUUAAAGUUGCGUAGCGAAAAGUCUUGCGAAUCCGGAACGGUGUUGCAGGCUGUUCGUGACAGUGCUUCGAAAACCGUUUGAAGUGUUAGAAAUACUGCUCAAUCGGUAUCAUAACGUGUGAUUGACAGAUUGUGCCAGUCUCGGUAUCAUUAAACAUUGUGAACAACUAGGAAACAAAUUCUUCUCUUACAAACGAAUGUACAUCAGUCGGGCUAAUGGUUUGUGAUUGAUCGUUGUGAUAGUGUGUUUCAAUAUUCAACCAAAGUGAAGAAUACAGUUUAGUGAGCCGUUGGUGCUAUAAAUUCAUGUGUAAGUGUUUGAAGAAAUUUCAUAUCGCAUAACAGGCUGUUUUAUAAUGCGAAUGAAUGUUGUAUCAUAGCCGAUACGGUACCUGAAACAUUUUUAAAACCCAGUUCGUGUAUAAGCGGUACGAAUAGCUGUAGGAUAAGUGUUCGAUUAUUUGGACAUUGUGACAAAUAAAAAUGCCGAUCCCCAAACCGUGUCCGACGCAUCUUGUGUGAAACAUGAAAAUUUGGCCGAACAAGUUAAUACUCGUGCGUAGUUAUGUGUGGCCCUGGCAACUAUCCCGUGACUCGGUGAUGUACGUUUAACCACAUGUGCAGCGCAUUUCUUUGUAGUGUGUAGUAUUCACCGACCGAGUCGCAUCGUCACUUUCUUGGCGCACAGUAGUGAAGCAUGGUCCGCGUAAUAGUAUGCCUAGUCUAGCACAGUACCUGCAGCACAGUACGUUGUUGAUAGGCUGCAAUCUGACGUCAUUCCCGCAUCGUGAUGCACAAAGUCAGCACACUAUCGACCGGUACAAGCAUGAACCAGCAUCAAAGUGACCUAGUGACUUCAGUGACCGUAUCGAAAGGAACCACCACAGCGAUCGGGACCAAACCUCACGUUGCCAAUGCCAAUCCGAACGGUUCGUCCACGCUCAACAACAACAAUCUGAACAGCAAAAACAAAAAUCCUUCCUCCCAAACGAACGCCACCGAUAGUGUAAUUCAUAUGACCAACGUCAGUGUGCCACCCAAGCUGCUAGUCCCGAACGGGAAAAGUCAGGCCCCGGCAGUACCCUCGGCACCGGAUGCACGUGCGAAACAGGUGUUGAAAGAGGCUGUUGAUGCGGUUGUAAAUAGUUUUGCCAAACACACGCAAGGAUAUGGAAGAGUUAACGUCGUGGAAGCACUGCAAGAGUUUUGGCAAAUGAAAGCAGCGCGUGGAGCUGAUCUUAAAAAUGGUGCUCUAGUGAUAUACGAAUCUAUACCGUCAACCAGCCAACCGUACGUGUGCUACGUAACCCUGCCCGGUGGAAGCUGUUUCGGAAGUUUUCAGAAUUGCCCCACGAAAGCAGAGGCUCGCCGAAGCUCCGCGAAGAUAGCUUUAAUGAAUUCGGUAUUCAACGAACACCCGUCACGGCGUAUCAGCGAUGAUUUUAUCGAAAAAGCUGUCACCGAAGCGCGCGCAUCCUUCAAAGGUGAUCAGAACCAGGAGGACGAUGGUCCGGAUACCGGCAUUGGCGCAUUCAGAUUUAUGCUGGAAACCAACAAAGGUCGCACCAUGCUAGAGUUCCAGGAGCUGAUGACCGUGUUUCAGCUGCUGCACUGGAACGGUUCGCUGAAAGCUAUGCGCGAAAGGCAAUGCUCGCGACAGGAGGUGGUCGCCCACUACUCCAACCGAUCUCUGGACGACGAGAUGCGCCAGCAGAUGGCGCUCGACUGGAUUGAGCGCGAGCACGAAAACCCGGGCCUGCUCAGCCGGGAGCUUGCUAUAGCCGAGAGAGAACUAGAGACUGCCCGUUUGGCGGGACGGGAAUUGCGGUUCCCAAAGGAGAAGAAAGACAUCCUGCAAAUGGCGCACAACCAGCUUACCGGUGGCAGCAACAUCAACAGUUGAAGCAACAUGCAACAACACACCGCCAUCUGAUCUGAUCCCGGCCGUUCUGUACCGGCCGGUCGCAUAACACAUAUGCAGCAAGCUAAUUAUAACGUCUUUCUUUUUUGUUAGGCUUUUGUUUAAUUUUAUAAACUUCAUUACAUGGUGCACGAUCGAGGUGCAGCUGAGGAACCCUUCCGGGGGCUUAUCGUCGUUAGCUUACACACAAAAAUGCAAUGAAGCAGAUGCGCUGUGGUGCGCGACGGGAUCAUUCCCGAAACGCCAAUUCUGCUGCUUAUACGAUUUGUUAUUGUUUGCUAUCGGAUACGUUUAUUGUUUCGAACGGCAAUUUUUAUUUGUACAACAAUACAGCUGUGCUACGCUAGGCGACGGCCGCACAACACAACGCGUUGAAGGCGUGAACAGAUCAACACGUGUUACAAACAUAUCUAGAUUGCUUGCUAUAAUUAGGACUUUCUUUAUGUGACGUAGCAGUCAUUACAUUACACAGCUUACAUUUCUUCUCCUUCUGUAGCUGAGGAGAUUCUCACGUAAAAGCAUCGACAUCGAUAAAAACCUCCUUCGUUGCAGAUCUUAGAAAAUGUGCUUAAACCUUCACGGUGUCUAUCACAACUCGAGUACAACACUGUCAGCCGGACGAUAUUCAUGAUUUUUGUGUUCUAGCAUUCCCCACUAAGGCCAUUCAAACCAUUUUAACACAGCAAUGAACGACAGCAUUCCUUAACGACUUGUACAUAACUGGAGAGCACAAUCACAACAGAGUCAGUACGGACAACGGGGGGGAAUCGUUUAUCGAAACAGCGUUUCCGAUCUUCUAAGUUAAUAAGACACAGUAAUUGUGUGCAUGGUGUGUGUGUGUGUAUGCGUGUGUAAGAGAGAGAAAGCGAGUGAUAGAGAGAGUGUGCAUGCGUGUAAACGAAUUUUAUUGCCUUUUCAUAAGUUUAUGCAAAAACAUUAUUGAAACGGUUUUUUUCUAAAAUAUUAUUAUUAUUUUAUACCCCUAACACACGCUACACGCUUUGCAGACUGGUUUUAUUUGUUUAUUUUAUUAUUCUUCUCCCUUUUUUAGAACAAAACAAAACAAAAACAUUGUGUUGAUUGCGCUAAUCAUAUGCAUGUUGAAGGUAAUAACAAAAAAUGUGAUUUUUAAAUUUGACAAGAUUAGGUAAAGUGCAAAAGCAAAAUUUAUUAUUAUUUUUUUCGUCAUGACGCUAUUUAUUUAAAAAAAAACGAAACGAAACAAAAAACGAAACGGUUUUAUUUACAUCUAACGUUGACUAAGCUAGGUAAAAGCAAAUUUUAUUAUAUCGGAUCAAAAGCAAAAAUGAGGAAAAAAACAAAACAAAACGCGAACAAAACAAAAACUUUCGGCCAAAUUUUAAUCUUAAUUGAAUGAAACGUAAGUCGAUUUACGUGUUAAAAAGAGCGAAGCAAGGGAGAGAAAAACGAAAAGAAAAAAACGAUGAAAUUGAAAAAAAUCUAAUAAACAAAUCUAAACGAAGAAAUUGUGAUUCUUAUGUUUAACUAAAUUUAAUUAAUAUACGUUUAGUGCGGCAAAACAAUACACAGUACAUCAGCAAACCGAACUGCUAACAGCGCAUACACAAAUGGACAAAAAAAUAAUAAUAAAAUAGCAACUAACAUAACAAAAAAGGUGAUUGCCACCCAUUUCGAUCUGCUUCAUGUGCUGAAAUUCGGUUGAAAUUAGUUCAAAGCAGCAGCAGUACGAGCAUAAUGUGCGAUCGUGAAUUUGUGGUGGACAUUUUAAAGUAGCUGCAGAAGGUUAAUUUUAUUUUUUCCCCCGUUUAUCAUUCCAUUUCCAUACCCAUGUAUGCAAACACUACGAAACUAUAUAAUACACUAGUAUUCACGCUCGUGCGCAACAUCUACAAAACAGCAACCACCCCAUUCUCCGUUAUGUAUUUUGUAAUUGAAAACGGAUUGUGUAAAGAGCUCCCUGUAGCGUGACAAAUAAAUGAAUUUUAAUACAAACAUAA